CCUGGAGUCCCUGGCGAGCCGGAGGGAGGCGCAUCUGGAGUCUCAGUGUCCGCGGCAGCUAGGAGGUCCUAACUGCCGGAGAAGCGCGCCACGGGAGCCGCGAAGAGCUACUUCGCGUGGAGGACGUACCCAGGCGUCCAGGAGCUCGGAGCCCGCUCGGCGCGGGGCGAAGGCACGCGCGUCUUUGCGGGCAGCCAGUUCCACGCGCGCCAGUUGUCUGUUCCAGCCAUUCUUCCGAGGCUCUCGCACCGAGGCGCGGGCUAGCUGGCAGCGUGGAGCCGGAGCCUCUGGAUUCCGGGUCACCUCCUCGGAGCCAGCCUUGCAGGAGCCUCCGGACUUCGCGGCUAACGGAUCCAGCUAGCUAUCCGCCAGGUCAGCAGCCAGCCCCACCCCUAAGGAUCGGGCGCAGCUGGGAGCAGAGAGACGGGUGCGGCGCUCCGGAGCUUGCGUCCUGGGUGUCGACCUAGCCGCGGAGAGCGCACCGCGGAGAGGGACAUGAGGUCAGAGAAGUCCCUGACGCUGGCGGCUCCGGGGGAGGUCCGGGGACCAGAACAGGAGCAACAGGAUGCCGGAGACUUCUCCGAGGCCGGCGCGGGCGGCGGCUGCUGCAGCAGCGAGCGCCUGGUGAUCAACAUCUCUGGGCUGCGCUUCGAGACGCAGCUGCGCACCUUGUCACUGUUUCCGGACACGCUGCUUGGAGACCCCGGCCGCCGCGUCCGCUUCUUCGACCCCUUGCGCAACGAAUACUUUUUCGACCGUAACCGGCCCAGCUUCGACGCCAUCCUGUACUACUACCAGUCCGGAGGUCGUCUGCGCAGGCCCGUCAACGUGCCGCUGGACAUCUUCUUGGAGGAGAUCCGCUUCUACCAGCUCGGGGAUGAGGCUCUGGCCGCUUUCCGGGAGGACGAGGGCUGCCUGCCUGAGGGAGGCGAGGACGAGAAGCCCCUGCCCUCUCAGCCCUUCCAGCGCCAGGUGUGGCUGCUCUUUGAAUACCCGGAGAGCUCUGGCCCAGCCAGAGGCAUCGCCAUCGUCUCGGUGCUGGUCAUCCUCAUCUCCAUCGUCAUCUUUUGCCUGGAGACCCUGCCCCAGUUCCGCGCCGACGGUCGCGGAGGAGGCAAUGGUGGUGGGGCUGUGAGCGGCGGUGGGGGCGGUGGCUCUCUGAUUUCCAGGGGCAGCCAGGAGGAAGAGGAGGAUGAAGAGGAGUCUUAUGCAUUCUCCCCGGGCCUCGCCCCUGGGGCAAUGGGGACAGGAGGCUCCGCCUCGCUCAGUGCUCUGGGAGGCUCCUUCUUCACUGAUCCCUUCUUCCUUGUGGAGACGUUGUGUAUCGUCUGGUUCACGUUCGAACUCCUCGUGCGCUUCUCUGCCUGCCCCAGCAAGCCCGCCUUCUUCCGAAACAUAAUGAAUAUCAUCGACCUGGUGGCCAUCUUCCCCUACUUCAUCACCCUGGGCACCGAGUUGGUGCAGCAACAUGAGGCAGCCAGCGGUGGGGGUGGGCAGAACGGGCAGCAGGCCAUGUCUCUGGCCAUCCUCCGGGUGAUCCGCCUCGUGCGCGUCUUCCGCAUCUUCAAGCUCUCCCGCCACUCCAAGGGGCUGCAGAUCCUGGGCAAGACCCUGCAGGCCUCCAUGCGGGAGCUGGGCCUGCUCAUCUUCUUCCUCUUUAUCGGCGUCAUCCUCUUCUCCAGCGCCGUCUACUUCGCAGAGGCUGAUGAUGACGACUCGCUUUUCCCCAGCAUCCCAGAUGCCUUCUGGUGGGCGGUGGUCACCAUGACCACGGUGGGCUAUGGGGACAUGUAUCCCAUGACCGUGGGGGGCAAGAUAGUGGGCUCACUGUGCGCCAUCGCCGGGGUCCUCACCAUCGCGCUGCCCGUGCCAGUCAUCGUAUCCAACUUCAACUACUUCUACCAUCGCGAGACGGACCACGAAGAGCAAGGCCAGUAUACCCACGUCACCUGCGGGCAGCCUGCACCGGAUCUGAAGGCCACUGACAAUGGACUUGGCAAACCUGACUUCCCGGAAGCCACUCGGGAGCGCAGGCCUAGCUACCUUCCCACUCCACAUCGGGCCUAUUCUGAGAAAAGGGUGCUUACUCAGGUUUGACCCGAUGGGCAGAGCCCCUACGGGGGUGCCCCAGCCUGGGCAAUCUCUGUGGGGCUUCCUUCUCCUCGACCAGGCCACCCAUCUCCUAGUUCCACUGGACUUCUUAGCUCCCUGCCCUGGAACCUGGUCCAUGAUAUCCAGGGCUCUGAUCCCUGCAGCAUCCAAGGUUCAUCCAUCCUAAGGGAUAUUCUGACAUUCCAAUGGUGCAACUUAGUCAUGCCCAGUGUCUGUCAUCACCUGGAUGAGACAUCCAUUUCUUCCCCCAAGACUUCGAGUUUUCACUUCUGGGACUUGUAAAUAUCUCUUGGAAUGGCAACCGGAGGGACAGACACCAGCCAUCCUUGGGUCUAAUCCUCCCUCCACCCACCUUUGCUUUGGGGCAUGCACCUGUCUGAAGCUGGAUGGCAGUCACGGUGCUCAGCUUGCGUUUUUUCAGACCUGUGCCCAUCACAUCUGGGCAUCCCGCAGAAGAUCCUCGCUGGAGUUUCCAAUUGCACACACUCAAUUUCCUUUCUCGUCUUUUGUUGGAAUUAGAGGAACAUACAAUGACCCAUGGCCAUGUGGAGGUUUCAAGGCUUAGUCCUGGGUCACAGGGGGCCGUGGGUCCUUCCAGGU